AUGGACGCAGAAAUUGAUACAGAGAGGAAUAUGGAUGUAGAGAGUAAUGCAAGAAGAAGGAGCAGGAAAAAAUCCAUGACUGGGAGUGGAGCAAAAGAACACAAGGGGCAACUAGAAAGUCUUCAGCAAAAGGAUCCAGACUUCUAUGAAUUUUUGAAAGAGCAUGACCAGGAGCUGCUUGAGUUCAGUGAUGACGAUAUUGAUGAAGAUUUGGAUGCUGACAUGGAAGAUGGAGAUCUACAUGCAGAUGAGGAAGCUACUGAGCAUGAGGUUCAAGAAAAGGAUAAAAAAUCUUCUAAGAAAGUUAUAACCACUGCUAUGGUUGAUUUGUGGUGCAAAUCGAUUAAAGAAAACGGGAGCUUAAACGCAGUUCGUUCCUUGAUAAAGGCUUUUAGGACAGCAUGCCACUAUGGGGAUGAUGAGGAGAAUGAGUCUAUGGCAAAACUUAGUGUAAUGUCUAGCGCCGUGUUCAACAAAAUAAUGUUGACUGUACUUAAUGAAAUGGAUGGAAUACUAAGAAAGUUGUUGAAGAUUCCUGCUACCGGGGGAAGAAAACAGAUCGUAACAGAUUUGAUGAACACAAAACAAUGGAGGACUUAUGGCCAUAUAGUGAAGUCCUACCUUGGAAAUGCUUUCCACAUUUUGAAUCAAAUGACUGACUCGCAAAUGAUAUCAUUUACUUUACACCGGCUUAAAUAUUCUUCAGUGUUAUUGGCUGCUUUUCCUUCGCUCCUAAGGAAAUACAUUAAGGUGGCUCUUCAUUUCUGGGGUACUGGUGGAGGUGCCCUUCCGGUUGUUUCGUGCCUAUUUAUGCGAGAGUUAUGCAUUUGUAUUGGAUCUGGCUGCAUAGAUGAAUGCUUCAAAGGAAUAUAUAAAGCCUAUGUUUUGAAUUGCCAUUUUGUAAAUGCUGUGAAACUUAAACACAUUCGUUUUCUUAGUAACUGCGUCAUUGAACUUCUCGGUGUGGAUCUUCCGACUGCAUAUCAGCAUGCCUUCAUUUUUAUCCGACAGCUGGCCAUGAUUUUGAGGGACGCACUUAAUACAAAAACUAAGGAAGCUUUUCGCAAGGUUUAUGAAUGGAAGUUCAUUAACUGUCUUGAACUUUGGACUGAUGCUAUCCGAGCUUACAGUUCACAAUCUGACUUUAAGCAACUUGCAUAUCCGUUGACCCAAAUAAUUUCUGGGGUAGCCCGUCUAGUUCCCACAGCUAGAUAUAUUCCCCUUAGGUUGAGAUGUAUCCGGAUGCUGAACCAGCUUGCUGCUUCUACCCAAUCAUUUGUACCAGUAUCUAUGCUUCUUUUGGAUAUGCUGGAGAUGAAAGAGUUGAGUCGACCCCCUACAGGAGGUGUUGGCAAAGCUGUUGAUUUACGCAGCAUAUUGAAGGUUAGCAAGCCGACUCUAAAGACACGGGCAUUUCAAGAGGCUUGUGUUUUUUCUGUUGUUGAAGAACUUGCGGAACACCUAGCAUUGUGGAGUUAUUCUGUUGCAUUCAUGGAGUUAUCCUUUAUUCCAAUUGUGAGGGUGCGUAGCUUUUGCAAAUUGACCAAAGUUGAGAGGUUUCGAAGAGAAAUGAGGCAGCUUUUACGUGAGAUUGAGGCUAAUGUCCAGUUUGUGAAUGAAAAGCGCAUGUCGGUUUCCUUUCUACCUAAUGAUCCUGCGGCAUCAUCUUUUCUUGAGGAUGAGAAGAAGUCAGCCUCUAGUGCACUAUCAAAGUAUGUUAUAACACUCCGUCAGAGAGCCGAACAAAAAAACAACUCAUUAAUGGAAUCCAGUGUUGUUGUUGGAGAAGAGUCAUCUGUUUUUGGCGAUGAAGCAUCAGCAAGUGAUGAAGAAGAGGAUGCUAAAGAAGACGAGGAUGGAACUGCCGCCUUUAGCUCAUCCUGGUUACCCGGAAAAGACAAGAUAAAACAAGAACCUACUGAAACAAAAGGAAAGAGGAAAAAGCAUCAGAAAGAGAGAACAGCCGUUGACGAUGAUGUUGUAGAAGACUUGGUACUUAGUUCCGAUGAAGAAGAUUUUCCUUCAAGCGACAUCCCUUCUGCUGGGAAAAAUGCGAAUGCAGAUAAUCAUUUAUCUCCAAAACAAAACCGCAAGUCAAAGCACAAAACAAAAAGGUUGAAAAGGAACACGCAAGGGAAAAAGUGA